UUUGCAGCAGCAGUCUUUUAGCGUCAAUUUUUCUCCAGCUCGUACUAGCUCUGUUCCAUUUGGCUCACUCCCUCGCUUCGAUGGUACAAUAUACUUUUACUUUUUAUAUAUGUUACCAUUUAAAUGUAGCAAGCUCCUCAGUUUCCUAUCAUCCUAAUAUGCCAUCUUAACUAAGUGUUAAGAAAAUGAAAGUAAUAGAUUGAGUAAUUGAAUUCAAUGAAUGGCGUUUAAAAAAAACUCGAUUCUUUUUUCGCUUCAUUUAUUUCAGACGCGACUUGAUAAAAAUGGUGAAAAAAUGUCAAAAUUGCAAAAGAAAGAAUAUGAAUUAGAAACAGUACGCCUUGUUGCAGCAUUUAUCGUUUUUAUUCUAACGUCGUUCUACAAAAGACGCAAUCUCUAACUGAACAUCUAAUUUCCCCACAAAGUUAUUUCACUUAAUUUGCUUCCAAACCAUCACUUUAGAAAAAGGAAGUCUAGCUACAAUUAUUCGAAUAAAAGAGCCCCAAACUGAACCCGACAUUUUAAGUUUGAUUUAGACACCACCUUCUGAUAUUUUGUCGCUAAUUGUCCGCACUUUAUUUUCACUUUUUAACUGAGAAUUCUUGAGAUAUUAGUGGAUUGUUUAUACACAUUUGUAUUGCUUCUUGACAGCAAAACGAUACACGAUAGCUGACCGAAGGAAAAGGAGGACUUUUUCCGUAAUUUGUGCCAGUCUGAUAUUUUAAUCUAAUUUAUCAACCCGUUCAAAUCUGCAUCAGAAAAAGAAUUGCAACUAUAGACCAGUGCUGCUUUAACCCGCCAUUCAAAAUUUGAGCCCCGAUUCAGUUGCAUUUAAGCUUAGGCGGGGUUCCAAUUACAGUUUAAGGGAGAGAAAGAGAGAGUGUGUAUGGAGAAAUAAACAGGCUCUUUACAGAACUAGUGGUUAACACUUUACCUUCUCGAUCUAUAACCAGAAGCGCCAACGUUUGUUCAGCCCAGAAUGAAUUAUGUCAAGGACCAGGGGGUGCAGCGGCCCCCUUAGACAACAUUUUCUACCUGGAAACUCCAAUUACUUACAACAACCAUAACAUAGUUGAAUUCUGCGACAAAUCUGAAUCUUGUUUUCUUUUCUCCCAGAUCCAAAUUUGUCCAAACACAACUCAAAAGAGCUCAAUUGGCAUUUCACUGAAGUUCUGUUUAAACAUUGACACUCAACGAUAUAUUACUUGAAACUAUAACUCUCUUUCUUGACAUGUUGGGUGAAAACGUUCUUUAUUUCCACAAAAUUACCUACGAAACUUUGGAACCAACAGAGAAAAAUGUUGGUUCAGAUCUUCGGAUUUAACGCCCAGCUUCAAAUUUAUACGCCAGGCUUUUUAUUCUCGAAAACUUCAGGAAAACUCAAAACUGUUUUCUCCUUAAUCAAAGCUACUAGAGCUGAAAAUACCUCGGGCUUCUUAUUUUAACCCUUCUUUCGCUUUUCAGACAAAUGUCUUCCCGGUAUUGUGAAGUUAACAUAACUAACUUCUAACUAUCCGAAGAAACACCGAUUUUGAACCACGAACGCGCGCUAGUCGAAGGAACUUAAAUUCCCGUGAAUAAUCCAAGAGCCACCAAAAUUCCAACAUGUGAACAGUUUUCCUAGUUAGCUCAAACCUUUAAUCUGGCUGAUUCUUUUAAACAGACCGUUGCAGUUACUUGGCUUUAGAAGGUUUCACGCGCCCAUGAAACUGUACAGCUCAAACCCCCACGUCAAAGGUAUAUAGAUCUGUUUAAAACCCUGUGCUUAAAAUAGAAUCUACAAAUCUCAACAAAAUCCAUUAUCAAUUCGAAAACCGCCACACUGCCUAGAAACAUAACGCAUGCUUUGCUAAUGGUAGCGCCAUAAUUUUCCAAAUAUUGCUUAUGAUCGUCAAACACGUUUAAAGUGUUCAGCACUGCGGUUGGACCAUUAUGUUGUAUUAUGUAUUUUAGGGAGUUUUUGCAGAAAUUCCCCUUACCCGUGUUGAAAGUGUUCACAAUCUUGAGUGCUUACAAACGUGUUUCGGUGCUGAUCUGAGACUUACGGGACUAAUUAUUAACAACCCGAGUUUGAAGCGAGACGCCAAUCCCUUAUCGAUCGAGUUUGCAACUUUUUCAAAUAUGAUUUUGCUUCAAAACUACCUUUAUAUUUUAAAUCGAUGAUCAAUUCGUUUUAAUUGUUCAACUCAAGUCUGAGUUGGUUUAUUUUUAGUUUAUUACCCUUCGCUAACUUUUAUGUUUGGUCUUCAUAUGAGUUUCAUUUUUUAUUAAAAGAAACAUCUUAACGAUUUUACCCCUUUUCAGCUUAUUUCAUCUCAGUUUAAAUUAUAAUUAAAUUAUUAACGAACACGAGACGGGCUUUAUCGACUUCGGUUAGAUUCACGACUCGAAAUUUACGACAGUAUCAAGGGGGGUAAUUUUAUUCUAUGAAUGAGUCAAUAUUUCCCGAACUCAGUCGGUGUUCCGCAGAGCACUGCCGGCGGCGGCAUCCCCAACCCCCCAUCUAUACAACCCCCACCCCCUAGUGCCUCACAGCUCUACAGCAAGAGACCUAACUACAACUCCCCGCCUACGGGGGGCUUUUAUGAGUUCGAAGAUGGAGGUCAUUACAUCGGGUGCUGGGAGGACGGAAAAGCACAUGGGUUCGGAAUUUGCACGGGGCCCAAAGGACAGGGCGAAUAUGCGGGUUCAUUUGACAAGGGGUUCGAAGUCAGUGGCGUAUACAGAUGGCCAACUGGCAGCAAGUACAGUGGCCAGUGGCAGAAUGGACUGAGACAUGGACUGGGGGUGGAGAGGAAGGGCAGUUGGGUCUACAGGGGGGAGUGGAACAAGGGACUCAAGGGCAGAUACGGACUAAGGGAGAGCAAUUGCAGCUGUGCUAAGUAUGAGGGCACCUGGGCCCAGAACCUACAGGACGGAUAUGGCAUAGAAACCUACGCAGACUCAGGCAAGUACACUGGACAGUGGGUGGCGGGAAUGCGCAAUGGGUUAGGAGUUCGGACGAGUGUACCGUACGGAAUGGCUUCUAUAGUCGGAGCCCCGCAACACCGUCGCGCCUCCCUAGCUUCCCUGACAGAGGACCAAAUGAGCGCCGCCGAAACAGAGGGCGGCAACAAACUACCUUCGUCUGGAUCCUCCACCGGCAUCCCGGAGAACUUCGGAGUGCGAGGGGGUUUCGUGCUGAACGAGAAUUACGUGCCGACUGACGACAACAUAUCAGCGAUGAGUUCGACGUUUAAGAAGAUCAGUCUCUCCCGAAGUACGCUUCUCGAGGGUCUUCGGAUCCGAGUGCGACGGAAACGAGACGGAAGCACAAACUCAUUGCGAAGUGACUCGACGACCAUGAGCAGUGGCGGAGGCACUACAGUUGCGCCGGAUACCUUGAGCAUGGUGACGACUAAUGGGACCCUGGAUAUGAUGUACGAGGAUGUGCCCCACGACUGCACUGAGAUCUACAUGGGGGAGUGGCAGAGAGACAAGAGGACUGGUUGUGGCAUCAGCGAACGCACAGACGGACUCCGAUACGAAGGUUACUGGCUGAACAACAAGCGACAUGGUUUCGGCUGUUUCUUUCUCAAAGACGGCCGCAAAGUAGAAGGCAAGUGGAGAUCAAACAAACUGGUCACGCCUGUGGAUCGGAAGAAAGGAGGUCGGAACAUUCUGCAGCACGGAACGGCCAAGCGGAUUGAGAAAGUAGAGAGAGCUUUGAUAGAUGCAAAACAUGCAGCUGAGCUGGCCAAAAAGAAGGCUGAAAUAACUCUAUCAAGAGUGAACACGGCGCAGUUGAAGGCGGAGCAGGCAAACCAGUGCGCGGAUUUAGCCCACCAGGACGCCGAAUAUGCCCGAGUGAGGGCUAAAGAGUUUGCCGAGCUCAGCCAUCGAAAACCACCUCCUGAUGAAAGUCCGGUUCGAUGCCCUGCAAUGCGAAUGCGCAACUAGCACUGAAGGCAGGGGGGAGUUCCAGUGAACACUACAGGAGUAGGGAGGGACCCUCUUGGGAGAUCCCGAAUGACUUCCUGCCCAGUCCCAUCGUCGAGAUCACGUCACCCGAGCCGUCUUCGGGAUCCCCGUUCAGUUUUGGAGAGAAGGAGGCGUCGCCUGUUAAACUACCGAGUGUAGCGCAGAAAAUCAGCCAGGUCAUAACUAACAAUGUCUUGACCCCUUCGAUGGCUUCUGACCUUGCCACAACGAAUAACCCAAUGACAUCUUUCGCCCAGAAGUUGGGACUACCCUCUGCGAGCUACAUUUACAGGGGGAUAUCUGCCUACGCUUCCAGUGCCGCCGGAUCUGCCGGCGACAGCAGCCUGCAACACCCAUCUGUUGCGGGCGCCGCUGCCGGACAAAAUCAAACUGGUAGUACGGCGGAUAGGAGUCGCGAUGGUCCAGCCGCUGGGUUUUACCCUUACUUGCCACCUGCCUUGCAGCCAUUUUCAUCUACGGAAGGUGCUAGUCAGUCGUCGGGGGGAGCAGGAAUUGUAGGAGGGGGAGGGGGCUUGGUCGGGGGGCUGAGCGGGGUUUUGGACCCUGGCAGCGGAGGUGUGGGCGAGGGACUGAUGGCUUUCUCAUCAUCGCCUAACAACCCAUCAUCAUCCAAUCAAAACAGUGCCUUGCAACAAGAUAGGAGUUGGUUCCAGAGCGGAGAAAUGGUCGUGUUUGUGUUGAUUCUCAACCUCGGAUUCACCGCUUUGUUCGCACAUUUACUCACCUCAUAACACCCCCCCCCCCUCCCCCUCACGCUCCUUUUUAUAUCCUUGCCAACAUCACCCCCCCCCCCCUCCCUCACUCUCUCUUCCUUGCCCUAUUCACCACUACUACCUCCGCUACUCAGUCACUCAUCUAAACACGACAUUGACCCCCCCCCCCCGAACUAUUUGCUCGAUUACUCAUCUAACUCAGCUCAUCAUCUCGAAAGGAAGCACUCGGAACAAUCUGCUCAUGAGUCAAACAGCAAAAAAGAAGACAACAAGAUCGCUCUGUGACUUAAAAAAUUCAGCGCAUUAGGAGCCCAAAAACCGACCACAAUAUUUUGACGUCCAAAGAAAUUCUAUUUUUUAUAUACUUUUCUAGUCUCUAAAUGACCAGAACAAAACUCAAGACGACAACCUACCAUACAUAACUCACUCUUUCUUGGCUUCUUCUCUUUGUUACUUAAAUGUUUCGUAAAUUAGGCUCUAAACUUCGUUUAAUAUGUUGCUCUAAUUGUGGCUACAAAAUGGCACAAUGAUUGAAAAAUUCUAACGAUAGAAAUGCUAUCUUUGCAAUGUCAUCAAUGAAUUUGGUAAAUCGAUGCAGUUCAAUUAAUCUUAACUUUCAAUUCUAAAAUGCAGUCUCAAUUUCUAAUUUAUUUUUUAAAGUUUU